AGAAAAUGCAGAAACAGGGUAGUAAAACUCUGUUUUUGACUCGGUCCUUCCUUGUUCAAUACCGCUCAUUAAAUGUGCAAGAAAAAAUAGCAAAAAGAGGAAGAUAACUGAUCUUAUUAUUAAGAAACCAGGUCAUAGCCGACUGAUGACACUGACCUAGAAGAUACCCUUCUCCACAAACCUCCAAACAAGAAACUUCCAAUUUGCUGCCCAAUAGUAAAUCUUCUUAUGUAGUUCCAAAAUUAAAAGGAAAAAGGAGACUAACACUCUGUCUUUCAUACAUAAGUUUGUUUAUUUGUUGGUUUCUUUUUGUGGGUUUCCUUCUAUAUUUCUUGUAAUCCCGCCCAAUACGGAUUUAAUGGAUACACGAACACUUUCUUGGAUUUUUAUUGCAGUCAAUUCAGGUUCAUUUCCUCUUUAUUUCUUCCAGUCUGAAUUCUUUAUCUUUCUCCCCUUGUUGAAUUCUUGAAUUAUUUGAUUUCUUUGAUUCUUGUUGUACAUGCAAGCACAUAUAUAUACACUCAGUCUCAUAAAUAUAGAACACAAACACACAAGUAUUUGUGUGUUUUAUGUAUAUAUAUAUAUAUCUUCUUUAUUGUAAUUUCUUCUCGAUUUUAUCCCUAAUUUGAUCUUUGAUUGCUUUCGAUUCUCAAUAUCUACACCUUUUCCUAUUGUUGAUUUUUGUCUUGGUUAUUUCACUCCUCUCAAUACUCCUGUCUAAAUCUUUACCUUGAAAGGGAAAAAAAAAAAAUGCAAUCAUGUGAGGAAAAGUGUUUCUCUAAGCUUGUGACAGAGCUGCAAGCCUCAGCAGAAGAGGUAGCAUCGCUAGCAAAGGAAUCUGAGUCUGAAAAAGAAAUUUAUACUGAAUUUGAAAUUCUGCUUGAGAAGUUUUCACCAAUUCUCAUAGAAUUGAAGCAAAAUGAUAAGAUCAUGGAUAGACCACCCGUUAGAAAAGCAGUUGAAUCCCUUGAAAAAGAGCUUAGGCGUGCCAAGGACUUGAUUCAAAACAUAGGUUCGAGAUCACCUCUUAAGCAAAUGGAGGACUUGACUCAAGAUCUUGGGAGGUCUUUAGGCCUUGUGCUCUUUGCAAGUAUUGAUGUGUCUCCGGAAAUUAAAGAAAAGGUCGCAACAUUACAUAAAGAAUUGAUGAAUACCAAGUUUAAUAAUGCUAUUUUAAGUCCAAGUCCAAGUCCUAGUGCAAAUCCUAGUCCAAGACCAAGUCAAGAAUCAGGGUUUGUGAGUGAAAUUGACUCUGAGAGGGAAAUUGAGGAAGAAAGCAUUACUCUUAGUAUUGAAGAAAUAGUGUUGCAACUUAAGUAUGGUAAUGAUGAAGAGUUUAGGCUUGCACUUAUGGGAUUGCGUGAUUUUAUUAAGGAUCAAGAGAUUGAUAAGGAGUGGAUUAAUGAUGAAGGAAUAAUUCCUAUUCUAUUUACUCGACUGGGUUCAAACAAGCCUAGCAGCCGGUUGAGUAUCAUUCAAAUGCUAAGAAUCCUUGCUUCUGAUAGUAAUGAAAAAAAGGAAAAGAUGGCAGAUGUUGGGUUCUUAUCACUAUUGGUGAAGUCUUUGACUCGAGACGAGGAUGAAAGGAGGGAAGCUGUAGGUUUGUUGUUGGAACUCUCAGAAAUUUCUGCAGUUAGGCGGCGUAUUGGAAGAAUACAAGGCUGUAUUGUUAUGCUAGUGACAAUGCUUAAUGGGGAUGAUCCAACUGCUUCUCAUAAUGCAGGAAAGUUGUUGUUUGCUCUGUCAAGCAAUACGCAAAAUGCACUUCAUAUGGCUGAGGCUGGUUACUUUAAACCUCUAGUGCAUUGCCUGAAGGAAGGCUCUGAUAUGAGUAAGAUCCUCAUGGCAACAGCAAUCUCAAGAAUGGAGCUCACAGAUCCAAGUAGAGCUUCCCUGGGUGAAGAUGGAGCAAUUGAACCCCUUGUCAAAAUGUUUAAAACUGGAAAACUUGAAGCCAAGUUAUCUGCUUUAAAUGCAUUACAAAAUUUAUCAAUGUUGACAGAAAACACACAGCGUCUAAUCAGUUCAGGCAUUGUACUACCCCUACUUCAGCUACUAUUCUCUGUCACAUCUGUGCUAAUGACUCUUCGGGAGCCAGCAGCAGCCAUACUUGCAAGGAUUGCUCAAUCAGAAUCUAUUCUGGUCAACCAAGAUGUUGCUCAGCAGAUGCUCUCACUUUUGAAUCUGUCCAGUCCAGUUAUUCAGUUUCAUCUCUUACAAGCACUUGAUAGCAUUGCUUCACAUUCUAGGGCAUCCAAAGUAAGAAAGAAGAUGAAGGAAAAUGGUGCACUCCAGCUUCUCUUGCCUUUCCUAACAGAAACUAAUAUCAAAAACAGAACUGCUGCCUUGAAUUUGCUUUUCACUCUUUCUAAUGAUUCACCAGAAGACUUGAUGGAGCAGCUUGGAGAAGCUCAUCUUAAUAACAUUGUCAACAUAGCCUCUUCCUCAGUAUCUGAAAGUGAAAAAGCUGCUGCAAUUGGAAUUCUGAGCAAUCUUCCCAUUGGCAAUAAGAAAGCAACAGAUACAUUCAGGAAAUCUAAUUUGCUGCCCAUUUUAAUCUCGAUAUUGAGUUCAAGUGAAUCAACUUCAACUUGCACAGCAAAGUGGUUAAUGGAGGGCAUUGCAGGCUUAUUUAUUCGCUUUACUACUGCAUCUGAUAGGAAAUUACAGCUUCUUUCUGCAGAAUUGGGCACAAUUCCUUUGCUUGUGAAGUUGCUGUCAAAUGGAUCACUGGUUGCUAAAUGUAGAGCUGCUACCUCACUAGCUCAACUAUCACAAAAUUCAUUAGCACUAAGAAAGUCAAAAUCGAGGUGGACAUGCAUGUCUCCUUCUUUAGAGGCUUUUUGUGAAGUUCAUGAUGGUUAUUGCAAUGUUAAAAGGACAUUUUGUUUGGUCAAGGCUGGUGCUAUCUCUCCUUUGAUCAAGAUAUUAGAAGGAGAAGAGAGAGGAGCUGAUGAAGCUGUUCUUGAUGCACUUGCAACUCUCUUGCAAGAUGAAAUUUGGGAGAGUGGGAGCAACUAUAUAGCCAAAAUGUCAGUUUUUCCAGGGAUAAUGAAAGUAUUGGAAUUUGGAAAUGUGAAGGCUCGAGAAAAAGCAUUGUGGAUAUUAGAGAGGAUAUUUAGAAUUGAGGAACACAGAACACAAUAUGGUCCAUCUGCUCAGAUUUUUCUCAUUGAUCUUGCACAAACUGGUGAUUCAAAAUUAACAUCAGCAGUUGCAAAAGUUUUGGCGCAACUAGAGCUUUUGCAACCUCAAUCUAGUUACUUCUAAGACAAUUUUGUGUCAUGUAAGCAAUGUUGUGCAUAGAAUUUUUGCAUUAUACUUCUGUAUACAUUGUUGCUUGAGAAUUUAAACCUUCACAUUUUUUA